AACUUCCAGACGAAGUAAAAAUAUGCAACUUGGUUCUUACUUGACGUGUGUUGUGUACUAUUCUUUUCAUUCCCGGGAACAAUAGAUCCUAAUAAAUCUUGACAAAAGACCUAUUGCUAUGGUUACGUCCCGUAUACAACGAAGGAUUAUCACCAACAUGGCCGCUGCCGCCAGUGAAUCGAAUGUCUCACGUUAUCCUAGUGAAAAAUCUGUGAAAGAAGCCUUGGAUAUGCUUAAACCUCCUGGUAUUCUGUCAAAGACGUACAACCAGUUCCAGCUGAAACGGUAUCAGCGCGAAGAUGCGAUCAGAAAGAACCAUAUUGUCGCAACAGGAGGAGAAGGUGUAGCUGAUACAUGGAAAGUAGAGAGACCAAAGUCUUUAGAUCUUUCUCAAGACACCAGCUAUUUUCGGGCCAAGACCAUGGUACGUUUGAAUUUUCAGCUAUGCUUUGCUUGUUUGUGAAUCCUGUUGUGCUUAGUUAUUACAAAAUUUUAUGGUUUGAUUUCGCGUUCUGAUCGAUACUUUUGCAUGAAAAGUGUAAUUCACGUGACGGUCGUUUAAUCACGGUUUGCUAUUGUGGGCACAUUAGUGUAAUACAGUAGGCUAAGUGCUUUUUGUGAGUUCAUCAACCAUUAGUCCGUUUUGUUGCAAGCUUGCGGAGUUUUUACGGCUUGAAUUUUUUAGCGUAUUGCUGAAUUAUCGUUUAGACAGACAAAAAGACGCCAGAAGUUAGGCUGUUCCUGAGUUUCAAAAUUACGCUCAAAUAUUUCUUAAAUUUAGCUUUUGAGACAUUAACUUUGUAAGCUGACAAACUUAACAGACUCUUAACAAUUUAUUGUUUACAGUACAGUUAAUUAUGAGUAAACUAGAAAAUAUUCACUAAAAACGUUAUCAUUUGUAUUCGGACUUUGGUUUUGUAUGGGGGGCCCACUAUAAGUCACUAUGUUUUUUCCAU